AACACGUCAAGCUCCUCCCAGAAAAAACUCAAUUCUUUCAUUUCUGAUGGGUGAGAGCAGGAAUAUGACACCCUCUGAGCUAAAGAAGAUUCUGGGACUUUGCAAGGUUUUCCUGGAGAGGUUGUGUGCUGGACCCAUGAGAAGCACAGGUGUGUCCUAUAGCCUGCCUGAAGAGAGGAAAUGAGAUCCAAUGCCACGCUUCCCAGUGGGAGAUUGAGCCCAUGCCACAGUGUUUAUGUGUAAAGACUCUUGCAUGUAGGAAUGGCAGGAAAACAAAGUGAUGGACUGACUUUAAUUACUCCACACAUCUGGAGCACUAAAGACGGGUUUCUUGUGGAUGUGACAGGUUGUUGACUGGUGAGCUCAGUGCGGGUGUUGGAAGAACUCAUUAAAAAUGGAAGCUGUGAAAGUAGGCCAGCGGUUUACUGAUGUGGAGGCAAGGGGUAAAGAGAAAGGAAAGAUGUUCAAGUUCUCCAUCCUACCCCAUGUCACUCCCUUGGUCCGUUCUCUGCAUGAAGAGGUUGUCACCUUUCCUGCCAGCAUCUUUGGUUUGAUGCCACAGCUCAAGCACACUCGGCCUGCCUGUAUCAGCCCGUUCCCAUUGCCGCCUAGUCUGACAUCUGGUUCUGACAGGUCUCUGAUAGGUAACUCUGUGGUGGGAAAUGAAACUGAGGUUGAUAGUGCUGUUAACGUGACCUCCUUGUCUACCGGGGAUGAGGAGGAGAAGAUAGAGGAGGUGUCACAGUUCACCAGCUUGUCCAGCUCCUCAGACCUGACUCGCACCGGACGAAAGUUUAGAGAUGAAGAAGCAGGUAGUGGCAUGCUGGAAGAGGUCUUCCAGCCAACUCCUGGAACUCCAACUUCCAGUGAAGGGGCCACAACCACUUUGGCAAGCCCAGAGAUCAGCUCCGAGUCUGCGGAAACCGAAAACUUGCUUCUCCAUGAGCCUGUCAGUACUUCCUUCGUGAAGGAGCACGUCACCCCCUUCAUGGAGGAAGAAGAACAGGAAUCGGAAGAGGAAGUGAGGCAGCAAGUGCCUACACUACCACCCUGGCAGGAUGCUAAAGAAGACACGGAGACCACUGUGUUUGACCUCGACUCUGAGACAACUCCCACAACCCCAUCCCCAACUCAUCCCCCUUCCCCGGCUGACGUCACCGUAGAUUUCUUUGACCUCGGCUCCCGCCGCAAGAACCUUGGCCCACCGUCUCAGUCCCCACAUGAGCUUCAGGGCCGUGACCCAACCUCCUGGUCAAUGCCCGACAACUACGACUACAUGACGCCCUAUGACGACAGUGUGUCUCCCACCACUGAAGAUUACCCCUACAGCAGCACUACUGACUCUUACGACGAUGACAUCUCCACUACUUCUCCUUCCAAACGCUUCCCUCCUCGAUUGCCCUCCAACCCUGUUUUCACACUCCCCAAAGGAUCCACUGUGGGUGCAGGCCCCCGUGCUCCCCCUGGUGUGGUCGACUCAGUUAACGGCUCAGAAUGUCGGCAGGGUUUUGUCCGCACCAAUGGCUCCUGCAAGUCCCCAUGUGACCUGCAGCCCAACUACUGCUUAAACGGGGGCCAGUGCUACGUUAUGGAAGGAGCUCAAAUGUUCUGCAGGUGCAACAUCCAGGACUACAUGUGGCACAAGGGUGCCCGCUGCGAAUCGGUCAUCACUGAGUUCCAGGUAAUGUGCAUCGCCAUCGGGGCCUCCGCUUUCAUGGUGCUCCUGCUCUUCAUGAUCGUCGUUUGCUUUGCCAAGAAGCUGCACGUGCUCAAGACCGAGAAUAACAAGUUGCGCAAGCGCAGUAAGUACCGUCCUUCCUCGGAGCACCACAAUGAUAAUUUCUCGUUGUCCACCAUCGCUGAGGGCUCCCAUCCAAAUCGUAACCUUUGGUAAGGGAGGGGGUGCACAGCGCACAGAGAGAUGGGAGCGUUUUCUCCGCUGAAAAGGUCUGCUCUCAGAUAGGAGUGUGGUUACUGAGGCAACACUUGUUACCAUAGCAACAGGGUAACCAGGAAACGGCGAAAAAAAGCUGGCGUUUCUUGCUGCGAGCGCCGCUUUCGAUGCUCGGCGCUGUGGCUGACCUGAGUCUGUCAGCCUCUCUCCGACAGGCCAUCCAUCUGCCCCGCCGUGUCUCUAGAUGAGCGGAUAGUCUAGCCUGUAGACGCGCUCUUUAACAGUGGUUUGAGAGACUCGUGGGAAAGUGGCCCUAUUGAUCCCACGCAAGAAUCAAUACAGAGGCAGACCUGGAAGACACGUUCUCCCCCGACACAUACAUAUACAUACACACGCAGACCAUUUGUUUUAAAUGUAAAUGCAAGCGACAGGGUUGAGUAAUAUCAUUUGCACCUUUUGGAAUUUGGCUAGAGGUGAUUCUAGGUUUCUUGGUCCUAUCCGUGAUGUUACGGUUCAGAGGAAUAUUUCUUGUUUUAUGUGUGAGAGGUUGCGAGUUUGAGUCUAUAAAAUGAUUUUAUUAAUUUUUAAUU